CUUACAGCGAAUGGAAUCUGGAAGCAUCGCAUUCAGAGCAUCCAUACAAAAGAAGCGUCAUAUCAUGUUCCCGAUUUCGGCCGCGGGAUCAAGGAGGUGGUGGCACAAUUUACCUUUAUUGAUCAAAAACUUAAGCCGGCUCACCUCCACAGCGUGACAAGCGAUGAAAGCACGCAUCUUGACCACCAAAUAACAGCAAGUUCCCUUCUGAAGCACUUCUUCGCUGUGUCGCCCAGGGCUUACGAAUUGACAAUCCGUGUCAUCGGGGCUUCAGUAACCAUUGAUCCUCCUGGCAAACACCUGAAGCUCGCCAGAAACCAGUAUCAACACUCUCCUCCCAGACAGCACCACUUGAGAUUUGUCCAAGUCUACAACAUACCCCCAAUUAGACGUUCCGCUCCUCGUCCUAGAACUUACAAUACCAAAUAA